GCGGACAGGAGGACGCAGCUGUCACAUGCUGGAUGAGCGGUGCCGAGAAGCUGAGGAAUUGAGCGGAGGAGUAUAUUUCAUAAAAUGGGAAACGUUUUUUACUAAACAGCGAAACAUCCGUUACAGUAGAUAAAAGUUGUUACCGUGUCAAGUUGUGCUCCACGCGGACGCAACGUUUGGACUGGAGCACGUUCGGGCUGUGACCGGGGAGACGACAGUUAAGUGAAGAAAGCGACGACGGGCUGUAAAGAAGUGCGGCGUGGUAUUUUAAGAGCUGCCUUCGUUGGAGAAGAAAACCACCAGGGGCAAUUUAAUCUCCCGUGAGUCGAAGAGGAUAUCAUAAGGCGAAUAUCAAAGCAGCAUGGUUACCACAAAGGGAGCAGGUCUGAACCCUAAUGCCAAAGUGUGGCAAGAGAUCCCUGCCCACCAGAACAACAUCCCGGAGGGGACAGACAACUCAUCUUGGCUGCAGACCUACCCUCCUUCUGCUGAGAUGACUGAAGGGGGUAAAGAGUGCGACACGGCAUAUCCUGACACCACUGCUGACUAUGCCUACGCACCUACAGAGGGCGUCGUGAAUGGCAUGGACCAAACUGAUGCAGGGUUUUUAGUGUUUGACUCCCAGUGCGAGUCACCCAUUGAUGGUGAUGCUCCAAAGGAACAACCGAUGUCUGAGGAGAGCCUGAGAGAGUCUUUGAAGAAACAGCUCGAGUUCUGCUUUUCUAGAGAAAACUUAUCGAAGGACCUGUACUUGAUAUCCCAGAUGGAUAGUGAUCAGUUUGUUCCCAUCUGGACCAUUGCUUGCAUGGAGGACAUCAAAGCCCUCACUACUGACAUGGAUCUCAUUCUGGAUGUACUGCAAGCUUCUCCCAUGGUGCAAGUUGACGAAACGGGUGAGAAAGUUCGGCCAAAUCACAGUCGUUGCAUCAUUAUUCUUAGAGAGGUCCCAGAGACGACACCAGUUGAGGAAGUGGAGGCUCUUUUUAACAGUGAAAACUGUCCAAAAGUGUUAAGUGCUGAAUUUGCCCACAACAGCAGCUGGUACAUAACAUUUCAGUCAGAUAUGGAUGCACUACAGGCUUACAAAUAUCUAAGAGAAGAAGUGAAAACAUUCCAGGGAAAACCAAUUAUGGCCCGCAUUAAGGCCAUUAACACAUUCUUUGGUAAGAACGGCUUCCGCAGUGUUGACUUGAGUGCAUACAAUCGGCACAACCAGCCACAGGCCCCAUACGGCUCCCACGUCUACAUGCAGCAGGUGUACAGUCCACAGCAGCAGUACCCUGUGUACCCAGUGGUGUCUCCCUCCUGGAGCCCUUCAAUCAUGCCUUACUUUGAAACACCUCUGGCACCUUUCCCAAACAGUGGAUUCAUGAACGGUUACAACAAUCCUACCAACUACAAAGCAAACUCAAACUCCAUCAAUACCCAUCGACCAAGAAGCCGAAACCAUGGAAAAGGUCAUCCAAGGUCUGUUGAUACGCCUCUCUCUUCUUCACUGGCUCCAGGGACCCUGACGGAUGGCUUGUCAGGGCCCUUGAGUCCACAGCCCCUCAAGACAUCAGGGACCCUGACUGGCUCCACUUCAGAGCCAGUCAGUCUGCUGUCAUUCAACUUUAAAGACAUUUCUCCACAGACCAUUGUACACGGUGGAGAUCUGAACAUGGCUGGACGGGCCAGGAGAGGUAGCCACAGAGGCAUGAGGAGAAAAAGAGAAGAUGAACAUAACACGAGGCCUGUCCCUGUGAUGGAGGUCAAGGUACCACCUCCACCAAAGUUUGACCUGGCUGCUUCCAAUUUUCCUCCAUUGCCGGGGUGUGUGGUCAGUGUUCGAGGAGAAACUACACCAGAGAUGCGCCUUUCUGAUGUUGUACGUGGCCUGAAGGUGACCACUAAGUCUGCGAGCCAUGAGGUUAACGAGAAACGCACAAGUGUUUCAGAAGAUCCAGUGAGCGUGCCUGAUCCGGUGACCCCGGAAGUGAAACCUAGUCCUGUGACAUCACAAACAUUGGAACAACCAGUCACAAGUGAUUUGCCUCCAGUAAAGGAAGAGGAGAAGGCUGAACCUCCUGUAGCAAAGGAAGAAAUCUCCUCUCCGGUGGAGGAUGUCUCUCCAGCAGCUGCAGACGAUGCUCCCCCAACCUGCAGCCGGCCUGUAUCUACAGAAGCACCUCCCUCAUCUCCCAACUCAGAACAGGGGCAACGAAAGCUCAGCUAUGCAGAAGUGUGCCAGCGGAUGGCUAAGGAGCCACCACCAGCACAGGUACCCUCUCCCUCCCCUCCUGCCUCUUUAGCCAGCCAACCCCUGCAAGAGCUCAAAGUCAACAGGGUCGAGGAGCCUCGGCCAAACUCGAGGCGCACUACAGAAAAACCGGAGAAGCCUGGAGACAGCCGCCCUCCUCGCCAACCAUUGCGCUCGUUCCGUGGGCCGAAUGGCUCAGCCAGAGCUGGAGGCGCAGGGCAGAAAAUUCGGGAGCAUCAGAGGGGCCUGAAUACUGGCAAACAGUUUUCCCCUCAGCGGGGAGCCCGGCGGAGCGGCAAAGAACAGAACAUUCCUCCAAGGUCACCAAAAUAAUUCAAGAAGGAACCCUUAAAACAUGAACUAAGACAGAAAUAAAAUUAAAUAUAUAUGUAAAUAUAUAUAAUAUAUGUGUAUAUAGACAGAUGAAUUUAUUUCAUUUGACAGACUGUCAAAUAACGUCUUUACCUUGACGUGGAAAAUAUUGGAAAGUUGGAAAGACUGCAAAUAGAAAUCCAAACUAAGAAAAAGUCAAUAGGCACACUUAACAUUGUUCUGAGAGGUCAUUCUUUUUUCUUUUUCAUCAUAUUGUUAUGCAUUGGAUUUUUUUUUUUUUUUUUUUUUUUUUUUUGUAAUGAAAUGGAAGACAGUGACUCAGUAGCGGAUUUUACUACAGAAUUAGUGUUGAUGAGUAAAAUUAUAGGUUUGAAGAUAUUUUUAUGACAAGGGAAUCUCACUGUAAUACUAUGAAUACUAGUAUAACAUAGUAUAGAAUACUAUGUUAUGGAUUGAGAAUAUCGCAUCAUAUAAUCAUUGACUGUUUUUGGCAGUAGGUGUCUGCGUGUUGCAGAUAUCAGAUUUAUAUUGUUAACAACAAAUACCCCAGUAGUAUUAAUGGAGUAGUUCUGUUAGUCUGUUUUAAUCCUGUGCAGAUCAGUGUCCCCUUGUGGUUGUAGCAGAGCAAGCAUCCUCAUGAAAAAGUUUUUGGUCAAGUCACUCAAUGUUAUUGAGAGUUACAGGAUGUAAACCAUGUUCUUUUAGAAGUCCAUUUACACGUCUUGCAAAUCAGACCUUUCAUCUUUUGGUCUCAUCAAACAGGCCUAGUUUUGAACUGAUAUUGAUCACCAUGGUAACUUCUGGUGUAAAACUUUGUCCUGCUCCAGAAUAGAAAUAUUUAUUUCUUGAUCAAAGUAGCUGUUUAAUGGUUUAUGCCAUGGCAACUGUCUCCACUUAAUUUGGUGAUUGAUUGCAUGCACUAUAUGUUUUGAUUGGAUACCCGAGGCUUCAGAUGAAUGUAUUCCUUCUGUUGCAAAACCACUUUGGAGCUUGGCUUUGUAAAUGUCUCUAUGUGGUAGCUCUGUUUUGAAAUGAUUUUGGUCUGGGAUGUUAGUGUAUUUGUUCUAUUGCUGUAAUAGCGGUCUUUAAGUUGUAUUUUCUAAAUUUCAUUAAGUGAUUUCAUGUGUAAUAUUUGUAAAUAGGUUUGACAGACUGAUCUGAGACGUCACUAACAAGUAUCUUUUUAGAUCUACCUAUAUUCGGCGAGUUGGAUUGCUGAGCCACUGAUGGCUUAGCAAUGUGCAGCACAUGUAGUAGUGCAAACUGAAACUAACUAUCCUUUUGAUCUCAAGGCGUUUUAGUCACAAUGGAGUUUUGAAAAUGGAAAGCUGUUUAACAUAACUUAUUUGUGCUUAAAUGUUUCAUUUUUGUGUUUUCAUUUCAUCUAAAUAGUUAGUGGUGUUGCAAAACAAAGAUACAGAUUUUCAGGAUUGGGUAGGUAAAACUUUUCGCCUUAGAUCAGUGUUCUGAGUCAUCUGCUUUUAGGGAAUAUACUUCAGUGUACAGUAUCUUGUCUUGAAAUCAGUAGUUCAGGUGUUUUUUGUGUAUGUGUGUGGUUGUCUUAACAGUGUAAACUUGUGUGCAAGAAUGACUGACAUUUGCUUCUGCUUCAGACUUUGUGACUCUGUCAUCACAAACCGAACUUCCAGUGCCUUAUCAGUGUUUCAUUCCGUUUAGAGUGUAGAAAGGUUUUCACACAUCAAUUUGUCACACUGAACAAGGCUGGUUUGUUGUAAAAAUGUGAUUAUCAGUUUAUCUGUAUAUUGUAAACUUCUCCAUUUAGGUGCAUCUGUGGGGCCGGCUGGAAUGAAGCAAAAUGUGUUUAUGCAUGCCUGUGCGUCAUUUGUCAUGUGUGUAUGAUACAGUUUAUUUCAUUGUCCUGUCAAUGCAAUUAGAGAUCACCAGAAUCCUGCUUAUAAUUGUAACAAUCAAACAUGGGAUUGCAAAUUUCCGCCAAGUACACACUGGUUUAUCAAGUGAAUAUUUUAUUACUGAGCCUGAUGUAUGAAAAUAAAGAUUUAUUUUUAAA